AUGGAAGCACCAGCACAACCAAAAUGGGUAAAAUAUCUCACUGCAGAACUCAAAAUCGCAACAGCAGAAGAAGCAUGGCCGUUCUUCGAGGACUACUGCAACCUAGCCAAAUAUGCUCCUGACGUAGUCGACACGAGUCACUUUGUCGAAGGGAUCUGCAACCAGCCUGGCCUCGUCCGCUACUGCGCUGCCACAGCAACAAAAGUAUGGGACGGGCGUAUGCAAUCGAAGAAAUUGUGGGUCAAUGAGAAGCUAAAUCAGAUAGAUCCCAUCAAGAAGUCUUUGACCUACGAAGUCAAGGAAAAUAACGUCGGCAUCAAGACCCUAGUGGGAACAUGCUCAGCAUAUCCAAUCAGCAAGGAAAGCAAACAAGGGUGCAAUCUCCAGUGGUCAUUCGUCGCUGAUCCAAUUCCAGGGUGGGAACAAGAUGAGUUUGCAUCUUUUAUUCAGGCUAUGCUAAAUUCCAUGGCAAAGAACAUAGAAGAUACAGUAACCGCCAAGAAAAAGAAGACAGAAGAUUCCAAGAUCCCAAGAUGCUGUCUUCCAAAUUUCCUCAGAAUGAUAAAAUCAAAUCUCAAAAUUUAA